AUGUACCCGCAAACCGAAACGGUCAAACGCUUUCAUGCCAAACCUCAAUGGCAACAGAUACUUGCUCUUAGUACUUUUCUGGGUAAGUAAUUAUGAGAAGUCUAAAUCAACAAACAGUUUUAGUUGACGUACAAUCGCAGCAUAGUACUUUACAGUUCUCUACCGCAAAUGGUAUACGCAGAGUGUUUGCACUGAAAGUUCUCUGGUCUGUUGUACUUCGCUUUUAAGACACAAAUUCAAAUGAAUUUUUUAUAACUUCAGACAAGUGACUGGUGCUUUCUGGUUGUAUUUGACUCCCUCGUUAUCUAGAACAUGAAUCUGAUUUGUAUGCAGACUUGUCGUUUUACUCAGCGUUGUUUAUACAUUUCACUAUUGAAAGAAAAAUUCAAACGAUAUCCAGAGCGACGGGGACGACAUAAGGCGAAUCCUGAGCUCCGAUUGGCUCACCCGAGCGGGUAACGUUUGGCCAGUCUUACCCGCUGGGAAUUAUUCGCUUUGUCGGGUUAGAGGAGAUUAUCUUUGGCCAAAUAAGACUGAAAAUCUUUAUUGAUAAGGAAAGUUCCAUCAUCCUGUCUUGACCAAGCUUGCUCAGCUCUUUCAAGAUCGAUGGCUGCAUAACGGCUUUCCCAUUCUUUCUUGCGUAGUUAUGGACCUUGACUUCUUCUCGGUCCAUAAAAGCACAAAGACAGAACCAUGGCCAAUAUUCUGUCAUCUUGUCCACACGCUUGGUUAAUAUCACGUUUGCUUCCUAAUACGUACUUAUAUGUUGUUAAUUUUCCCUUUGGUUAGGAUUCACCCUUGCGGUGUGGUAUAAUUUAUGGAACAGGGAUACUCGCAUCCCGCUCGAUGGAAUAGUGUCUUCUUCGCUUGUUCAUGAACAGAGAGGGGACGGUAAGAAGAAAGUCUUUUUAGCAUUUUUGACCCAUCCCUGGAGAGUAAAAUAUAGUCCAAGAUGCGAGAGAACGCAUAGAAGGUACUUUCGGGUAAAACAGUCAUAACUCUCCACCUUUUGUUUGGUCUAAACAGUAAACUCAUUUAUUCACAGCCAGAAACUCGAGAUAACCGUACUCAAACUAGAACUCGUAGCUGCGUGGCCUUCUUCAAGCUCAAAAACAAAAUAUCGGCCCUAAAUUGGAUGAGACUGUAAGUCUAGCUUUCUCACGCACACGUGCAUUUCAGUGUUUACUUUUUGGCUGUCUUGAGGGAUGUUCUAACCUGUGAGAUAGGCGCAUGGUGAGGUAAGAAAUAUAGGACAAGAGGGAAGCGACGUGCGCGUAAGCGAGGAACACGGCCGCCAGGAGAGGAAACAUUCCCCACUCCCUGCUCGCGUCCCCCCUACUUCACGACUAGCGCUUCUGUUGUUAGUUGCGCCCUUAGCUUUUAAAAAUUCUCAAGCGCCUGCUACGUUAGCCUCCCACGCUGGCGUUUUUAGGGGAGCUCGUUUUUCAUCCCUCCCCUAAAAACGCCUGCGUGGGAGGCUACUGCUACGUAGGCUCGACAAGCCUUAUGUAGCAGGAAAGGCAUUGUCAGAAUACUGUCCACCUACCCCUCCCCUAAGCCAACAUUUUGCCCUAAGCGAGAAGUAAGUGUUAAUGUUGACUUAGGGGAGAGGUAGGUGGGCAGUUUCCCAGAAACGUAUAGUGAUCCGAAUUUCUUAUCUUUCCUCAGGAAUAUACAUGACAUUAAAACUGAAAUGCUACUACUGUGAUUCCGAAAACUUUGGUGCUGCUUGGGAGUCUCUUAUCAAGGACUUUGCUUGCCAAGACAGUAUCUAUUCAACUUGCUUUGCAAACCAGACCCUCCCCGGCCGACAAACCACAGAGGUCAUAGAUCUUAUAAAAAGCUGUAGGAAGGAAUGCGCAUGCUCAGACGAUGACGGCUGGUGCUUAACAUCGGACUGCGGACACCAGUUAAAGUGUUGCUGGGGAAACGCAUAUUGUGAAGAGGACUAG